AUGAAAUUCAUACUACCAACCCUCUUCCUCGCCACUCUCGCAACAGCAACCCCCUCCUCCCCCUUCACCGGCGCAUCAAUCGAACAAUGCAACGAAGCACUCACCGCCCGCGCCGCCCACGCCUACACCGACGCGCACUCGCACCUCGCCGCCCGCAGCAGCAGCAACAACAAGAAGAAAAAGAGCAAGAAGAGCAAAAAGGCUAAGAAGCCCAAAGGAGGAUUUGCGAGCUCUGACAACGAUACCGACACCGAGAGCGCCGCUAUGAUGAACUUUGUGCCAUCGAUGGGCGCAAUACAAGUCGGCAUUGUGGGGUUCGGUGUGCUCGAGGUUGUGCGGCUGUGGGGGUGA